GUGUCUGGAUUGAAAGAGGCGUCAUCAUGCACAUCCAUGUAAGGUGGCAGGUCGAAUCAAUUUCUCAAUUCUAGCCCGGUUGCAUUUCUUAUGUUUUGAUCUUUGGGGAGUUUCUCGUUUUUGUAUUACUAUUGCGGAAAACAAACUGGUUUCUUGAUAUUCACUUAUUUUGAAUUUACUGGAGCUGUACUUCCUCUUCUUCUUGCUGUGCGGAAACAAUGUCGUCGUCGCCCUCUCGGUCUAGUUCUUUGGGUAAUGGAGUACUGGUUAUUAAUAAAACCAGAAUUCUGUUACUGGUAGCACUGAUAGCAACAUGGUGGAUAGCACAUUUUCUCCCACGCUAUCGACCAGUUGUCGAAGGACACAUCAAAAACAAACUAUCAUCUGCCGCCGAGAAGAUCCCCGCCAUCAAAGUAGACUGGUAUCCCAACCAUGACCCGCGCGCGCAAUUCAAUGCCUCCAAAGUUGCGCUUCUCAUCGAAGGCAGAACUAUUCCUCAUCUCGUCCCGCAAAUCCUACAUAUGAUUUCCGUUGUGCCACCGGAUUGGCGCUUUAUGUUUAUCGGCACGAAUAAGAGUGUAGAAGUUGUAUCCCGCAGUUUCGCAACACAAUAUCACAAGGCUAAUGGAAAGCUGGACUUGAUUGUUCUUCCUAAGCCGUGGAAGGUGGAUAGUAAGGAGGAUGUUUUUAGGGUGCUUACGGACAUUCGGUUCUAUGAUGAAUUUAUGCCGGAGGUCGAAUGGUUGCUCAAAUAUGAGUCGGAUAGUAUUAUGUGUGGAAAUUCGGAAGAAAGUCUGAAUGAUUGGCUAGACUAUGAUUGGGCUGGCGCUCCUAGAAUCGCCGGUGAUCACUUCGCAGGCAAUGGUGGGCUUUCAUUCCGAAGAAUUUCCACUGUAAAAAAGAUACUCGGAUUCCAAUCCCGAAUUAACGAUACGACCCCCGAAGAUGAGUGGUAUGGGAAACGUAUCACGUUAUUGCCAGGAGCACGAGUAGCCAGCGGUGAAAAGGAAGAUCAUUUCUCGGUCGAAGACAGAUAUCAUGAGAGGCCCAUGGGGUUCCAUGUACGAGAUGGAGGAGAGGUGCUUCCGGAGGAUGUCUGGAUGGACCCUGAUCAGAGGAAGAAAAUUUUCGAAUAUUGUCCUGAAUUGGCAAUGAUAAUGCCAAUGAAGUUGGAAAGGCAGAGGUGCCCAGGCGACAAUCGGAAAGGCGAGAUUGCGAAAGACAAGAAAGAUGGGCAAUGAAGUCGAAUUGAACUAGACAGAAUCGAUUAAUCAAGAUGGCGAAAAACAUGGGAUACGGUGUACGGAAUUAUAGAUCUAUGUGUUAUAUUAGCGGGGAUGCAUCAUGAAUAAAUACAUGAUCGGCAGGGAAAUAUGGAUGAUAACAUGCCUCUACGGAAGUAUAUGGAGAUUGGCGUUUGGUAACAUUAGGGUUUGGUAUUCCAGUUGGCGUACAAGUCGAUGUACAUCAUAGAAAUCCGGCUUGUUCAAUUAAAUCAUCUUCUUUAAAGGGACCAUAGCUACCCUGAAUCACAUAUCAUCGGCUUCAAUGAUAUUUCACGUACACUUGCACGUCCACGACUAGUCAUUCCGCUGCCCUUUGCUCCAAGUGGAAGUGUCGUGUAAAGCAUCUUCCUUUAUUCUGGUCUAUAUAACAGUCACUCACAAUGCGAUUGAAAAGUAAUCAGUCUGUCAAACAAGAGAAAUUCCAACAUUC